AUGGCUGCACAGGUCUACGAUGCCGCCGAGCUGAUAAGUGGAGAUGGUACCUUCAACGAUGAUAUCGAACAAGAUCUGAAUCUAGCCAGUGAGAAUGAUCGCAUCGGUGCCGUUUCCGUGAUUGGUUUGCAAAGUUCCGGAAAGAGUACACUUUUGAAUAGAUGCUUCUUUGCCAACUUCCAGGAGAUGAAUGCUAGGCAGGGACGUCACCAAACCACGAGAGGAGUUUGGGUAGCAAAAUGCUCAUUGCCCGGGGGUGACCAAAAAAUCCUAGUCAUUGAUACAGAAGGGACUGAUGGCUUAGAGCGAGAAAAUGAGGGAAAUGGUGCGUUUGUUAGAAAAACCACGUAUUUUGCCCUGGCCACGUCUAAGGUGAUCGUAUUCAACAUGUGGUACAACUGUGUUAAUCUUAACAAUGGCGGGAGUCGACCGCUCCUGGAAACAAUGUUUCAGGUGAUGGCCCGAAACUUUAACCCUCCAAGACGGGUGCAUUUAGUAAUUGUGAUUCGGGAUAAUCCCGAAGAGUCCCAGUUGAACACAUUGACAGAGCAGUUGCUGCAAUACCUCCACGGGAUCUGGAAUGAUAUAUUCUCUGCUCAAGAAGUUAGAACGAGUCCAGUGCUGGAAAAUUACCUAAACGUUCAAGUGGUGGCUAUGCCACAUUAUAGGUACGAGAGUGAAGCGUUUGACAGGGAGGUUGUCAGCUUGAGAGAUCUAAUUUUUAACUUGCUUCGGAACGAUGGAUACCUUCCAGCUGAAUUUAUUGACCUCGCAAGAAGGAACUGGCGCGACAUCCAGAAUGACAGAAUCCUCAACACCGAUUUAAACCGGAUAGCAGUUCAUGACGUUUUCUGUAAUGGUACCAAAGAGGAAAUGCUUCACAGGUUUGGUGAAGACGAGGUCUGGCUUAUGAUAAAGGAAGCAGUAGAUCAUGAUUUGUUUCUACUAACGCUAAACUUUGGCAACCAAGUCAAUUCAAUCAUCCAAGAAUACCUAUCCCAAUACGAUGAACAAACUAUACAUCUCCAUGAACAAGCACGCAAUGGACGCAGAGACCAAUUGAUUCGAGAAAUUUUAAAGGAGGUUGAGCCUACAUCCGUUUGUCUAGUGCAAAAACAAAGCAAAGCAGCUAUAGCAAACUUUGCCAAAGAAAUUGGAGAUAAGCUGACAGGCAAAAUUGAAAUCCUGGAUCCAGAGAGGCAUAUCACCGAAUUCGAGAAUCUCCUCCAAGAUGGCCGCAUCGAUCAUGCAACCUGGAAUCACCCUUCUACAGAGUUGGAGAAACUGCGAAAAGAGUUGGAUGAUUUCAAAAAAGAAGCUGACGAUAUUUACGAUUUGAUACUUAAGAAGGAGGCAAACCAAGUCUCUUUAGCAAAGAGUGUCUUAAUUUUUGCUUGCACUAUAGUUUAUACGGUCGGCACGGCUAGUUUUAUGGUGGCUUACAGGGCAGCAGCUAAAGCCGUUGGAGUUGCCCUAGCUUCUGGGGAGGAACUUGCUAUGGCUGUGAUAACAUUCCAGAGUGUUACGGCUGCAUUAGUAUCGGCUCUUCCCGGUGGAAGAAUGGUUGUGGAUGUGUAUGAGUGGUUUAAGAUCAGAGAGGAACUUAGGGAAUCCCAAAGGCAGAAUCCAACUGCAAGGAAGAUUUGGGAGGAAUAUCAGCAACGGUAA